CGUAGCCUGUCAAACGAAAUACACAGUUUAUUAUUUGGAAAUGACGACAGAGGAAGCAUUUCCGCCGAUCAUUAGGUUGCAGGUCGACGAUACGACAGCAUUUCUUCGCGCUGCUCGAUCUGGAAAUCUUGAAAAAGUGAUCGAAUUCCUCGAUACCGAUUUAGAUAUUAACACAGCUAAUUCAAACGGUUUAAAUGCUUUGCAUUUAGCAUCGAAAGAUGGUCACGUCGAAAUAGUAACGGAACUGUUAAAAAGGGGUGCUAAAGUUGACGCUGCUACGAAAAAAGGAAACACCGCAUUGCACAUAGCUUCUUUGGCUGGUCAAUCGGAGAUAGUAAGCAUUCUUAUUCAAUAUGGAGCCGCGGUUAAUAUUCAAUCACAAAAUGGUUUCACACCCUUGUACAUGGCUGCACAAGAAAAUCACGAUCAAGUUGUUAAAUUAUUGCUCAGCAACGGAGCUAAUCAAAGUCUCGCAACAGAGGAUGGAUUUACACCGCUUGCUGUGGCGAUGCAACAAGGACACGAUAAAGUAGUCAGCGUUCUUUUAGAGAAUGAUUCUAAAGGAAAAGUUCGACUACCAGCGCUUCAUAUCGCGGCUAAGAAGGAUGACUGUAAAGCCGCUGAUCUCCUCUUACAGAACGAUCACAAACCCGAUGUAACUUCGAAGAGUGGUUUCACGCCUUUACACAUCGCCGCUCAUUAUGGAAACGAAGAAAUAGCGCGUUUAUUAAUAAAACGUGGCGCCGAUGUAAAUUAUUUAGCAAAGCAUAAUAUAAGCCCGUUACACGUAGCGGCAAAAUGGGGUAAAAACAAUAUGGUUAAAGUAUUAUUAGAGAAUUCAGCUCAAAUCGAUGCGAAAACUAAGGACGGUUUGACACCUCUUCAUUGCGCGGCAAGAUCUGGCCACGAACAAGUAAUUACCACGCUUCUUGAACACUCUGCGCCUAUAAGUGCACGAACAAAAAAUGGACUUGCUCCGCUGCAUAUGGCAUCGCAAGGAGAUUAUGUAGACGCGGCCCGGGUACUUCUGUAUCAUCGAGCCCCUGUAGACGAAGUUACCGUUGAUUAUUUAACGUCACUUCACGUAGCCGCUCACUGCGGUCACGUUAGAGUCGCGAAAUUGCUUCUCGAUCGAAAAGCCGACCCGAAUGCACGCGCUUUAAACGGCUUCACACCGUUGCACAUUGCUUGCAAAAAGAAUCGAAUAAAAGUUGUUGAACUUUUGUUAAAGCAUGGAGCAUCGAUCAAAUCUACCACCGAGUCUGGACUGACUCCGUUACAUGUUGCUAGUUUUAUGGGAUGUAUGAACAUCGUGAUAUUUCUAUUGCAACACGAAGCCAAUCCUGAUGUGACAACAGUCAGGGGCGAAACACCUCUGCAUUUGGCAGCUAGAGCUAAUCAAACAGAUAUUAUUCGAAUUUUAUUACGAAACGGAGCAAAAGUUGAUGCUCGUGCAAGGGAGCAACAAACGCCUCUUCAUAUAGCAUCACGAUUAGGAAACAUCGAUAUUGUUAUGCUACUUUUGCAACACGGUGCAGCCGUCGAUACCACAACUAAAGAUAUGUACACCGCGUUGCACAUUGCGGCUAAGGAAGGUCAGGAGGAGGUUGCAACUAUUCUAGUGGAUAAUAAUGCCUCUCUUAAGGCGACCACUAAAAAUGGUUUUACCCCUUUACAUAUCGCAGCUAAAUACGGCAAUAUGAGCGUUGCAAAGAUACUUUUACAAAGAGAUAGCAAAUUAGAUGCCCAAGGAAAGAAUGAUAUUACACCGUUACAUUUGGCAUGCCACUAUGAUCAUCCAAAUGUUGCAAAUCUUUUGUUAGAGAAAGGAGCAUCUCCCCAUGUUGCUUCUCAAAAUGGACAUACUCCCUUACAUAUUGCUGCUCGUAAGAACCAGAUGGACAUUGCUUCCACUUUAUUAGAGAAUGGAGCAAAUGCAAAUGCCGAAUCUAAGGCUGGAUUUACACCACUGCAUCUGAGUGCACAAAAAGGACAUUAUGAUAUGACAAAUUUGUUAAUUGAACAUGGAGCUAAUCCAAAUCACAGGUCAAAGAAUGGUCUAUCCGCGUUGCAUCUGUGCGCCCAAGAGGAUUUUAUUAAAGUAGCAUCAAUUCUUGUGAAAAACGGCGCAAACGUGGAAAGUGAGACCGAAACUGGUUACCGGCCGAUACAUAUUGCAGCGCAUUUUGGAAAUCUUUCUAUGAUCCGAUUUCUUUUGAAACACAAUGCGAACAUUGAUGUGAGAACUAAUCAGAACUAUACUCCACUUCACCAGGCUGCCCAACAGGGCCAUGCUCAUGUAGUUACUGCUCUAUUAGAAGGGAAUGCCUCCCAUAAAGCAAAGACUAAGGAUGGUUUGACUGCUUUAAAUAUAGCUCAAAAAUUGGGAUACAUAUCUGUUACGGAAGUACUGAAAGGAUUGUCUUACGAUACGUUAACACCUGAUAAUAAAAAUUGGGACGAGAAGUACAAAGUUAUUGCACCUGAAAGUUUGCAAGAAACCAGUUUUAUGUCCGACUCAGAUGACGAAGGAGGUUCAGACACUUUAAUUAACGAACAACCAUAUCGGUAUCUGACAGCAGAUUUAAUGAAAAGUUUAAGGGAUGAUUCGUUGCCUAUUGACGUUACACGAGACGAUCCAAUACAUAGACAAGUUACAAAAGAAGAAAAGAAAGAAUUUACACAAAGCAAUAAUUAUUGCCUAGCAGAAAACUUUGAUACUGACGGAAUUAAUUUGGGCCGAUUGCAUUUCCGAUCAUUUUUAGUAAGCUUUCUGGUGGAUGCACGCGGAGGUGCUAUGAAGGGAUGUAGACACAGUGGUGUACGCAUUAUUGUACCGCCACGUAAAGCAACAAUGCCGAUUCGAGUUACCUGUAGAUUAAUAAAACCUAGUAAAGUUACAAAUCCUCCUCCUUUAAUGGAGGGAGAGGCGUUGGCAACUCGUAUCAUAGAGAUGGGACCAAUUGGUGCAACAUUCCUAGGGCCUGUUUUAAUCGAUAUACCACAUUUUGCAUCUAUUCGAGGCAAGGAAAGGGAGAUCAUUAUUCUUAGAAGCGAGAAUGGAGAAACAUGGAAGGAGCAUGACAAUUCUGUUGACAAUGACGAUACAUUGUUAAACACACCAUACGAUCCACAAAUGAGUGCUUCUCAUUCUGGCAGGAUUACUCGAAUAAUAACUUCGGAUUUCCCUCAAUAUUUUGCUAUUGUGACAAGAAUAAAACAAGAAGUUCAUGUCAUUGGUUCCGAGGGUGGAAUUUUAAUAUCCAGUGUAGCUAAUCACGUCCAAGCAGUUUUCCCACCAGGAGCUCUGACAAAGAAAAUUAAAGUUGGAUUGCAGGCACAUGUAAUUCCUGCAGAACUUACAGCAAAACUACUCGGCAAUUGCGUGGCCGUUUCUCCAGUGAUAACAAUUGAACCAAGAAGACGAAAAUUCCAUAAACCGAUUACAUUGACGAUACCAGUACCGCAAGCUGCUAAUAAAGGAAUGAUAAAUCAAUAUGGGGGUGAAACACCAACGUUACGUCUUUUGUGUAGUAUUGCAGGUGGAACAAGUGAAUCACAAUGGGAGGAUGUUACCGGAUCAACGCCACUAACUUUCAUGAACGAUAGAGUAUCCUUCACAACAACUGUCUCUGCUCGGUUUUGGUUGAUGGAUUGCCAAAAUAUAAGCGCCGUUCCAAAAAUGGCUACAGAAUUAUACGAAGAGUCACUAUUUGUACCAUAUAUUACAAAUUUCGUGAUCUAUUCAAAACGAAUGGACAUCCUUGAAGCUACAUUAAGAAUACUGUGUAUGACCGAUGGAAAAGAAGGAAUUCACACGUUGGAGAGGCAAGAGGAAUUCGUCGAAAUUGUUAAAAGCCGUGACGUUGAAGUACUCGAUGGGAAGGAUCUUUACAUUGAAUUUAGUGGAAAUUUGGUACCCGUAACAAAAUCAGGCGUACAAUUAAAGUUCACGUUCAAAGCCUUCCGUCAGAAUCGUUUAUCUUUCCACGUGAAAGUAAAGGACCCGUUAUCAGACCCCGUAGCGAGGAUGCUGUUCAUGAAGGAGCCGAAGGUUGCUAAAGGAGAACCACCUCAGCAACCAAUUUGCGUCUUAAACAUUGUUCUUCCAGAGAUUACAACUAAACUUGAAAUUCAGCAAAAAUCUAAAGAUUACGAAGAUUCAAACAUCAUUAGCCAAAAAUGGGAUUCUUACGAAUCGAAAUACAAGAAGGAAGAGAAAGAGAAAAGCGACGAGCCGAAGGAUACCUCCCCUUCGGAAAAGAAAUUUAUUACCGACACCUUGGAAAAAGAACGAACAGAUGCUGUCACUAUCCACGAAUCCCUUGCGCAAAAAGCGGCUUCUUUCCUAGAAUCUGUAGAUGCUAGUUAUCCCAGUAAAGUAGUCGGCCAAGAGCAGGAUUUGUCGCCGAGUGUCGAGAGGCAAACGUAUUUCGAGAAGAGGAAGUUCUGGGAGGACAUAUCAAGAAAGCGUGAGAGUUACCAACGAUCCGAAUCGGAAGUGUCGAGAUCCUCGCAGUUGACCAUCAACGAAAGUGAAACCGAGUAUGGUCACAGCGGUGUCACAGAGGACAUGGCAGAGAUUGGUCCUCAAGUCGAAAGCUCCGAGACGAUGGAAGAUUUAAACGUGCCAGACAUUUCAGAAUGUUCGGUGGCGGAGAAAGCACAAUAUUUUGAGGAGCAGAUACAGAAAGAAACGACGAAGCUUCCGUCUAAAUUGCAGCAACAAGAUUCUUUGAAAUCUGACAAAGAGAAACUGACAAAGACUAAGGUGAGUGAUAAAGAAAAAGAGGACAAAGACGAGAAGCAUACGAUGGAACUGAAGGAGGUUGAAAAGAUGGAAGAAAGGAAAGAGAUUAUCAGCUCCCAUCAAGUACAGAUGGAGAGUGUGAAGAGAGAGUUGGAGAAAUGGGUUGCCAAAGAAGAACAAUAUGAGAGUAAGGUAAUUACCGAUGAUGUUGCAAUGGAUGUUUCCAAAAAAGAAUUGAUUAAGGAGAAACGGGAUUACGUGGAAUCCGAUGAAGCUGUGACAGAAAAGGUGGAUGAACCUGAAAUACUGAAGAAAGAUACUGAGAGUUUACAAGAGAAGAAAGAUGUGAAGAAAGUAGAGAAAGAUGCGCAACAAACUGUAGGUAUACAGCAAGAAAUUGUAGAGAAAGAACGAAAAUCUGUAGAAGAGAAGCAAACAGAGGCAACAGAGGCAACAGAAAGUAUAAAAGAAAGUGUAAAAGAGAAAGAAGAAAAAGAGGACUUCAAAAAAAUGGAAGAAUUUGUUACAAAGAUAACUCAGCAGCAAGAAGAUAUAGGGAAAGAACAAAAACAAAAGGAAGAACUGGUGAUAGAAGCAGCAGAAAGUAGAAAAGAAAGCAUCAGACAAAAAGAAGAAGAAAAGGAUUCAAAAAAAGUGGAAAAAUCUGUUACAAAAGUGGCUGAGAAACAAAAAAGUUUAAAGAAAGAGCAAAAGGAAGAAAUUGUGGUUAAGUCAACAGAAAGUAUAAAAGAGAAAGAAGAAGAGAAAGAGGAUUCCAGAGAAGUGAAAGAACCUGUUACAAAGGUAAUUAAGAAACAAGAGAGUAUGAAAGAGAAAGAAGAAAAAGAAGAGGACACAAGAAAAGUAGAAUUUGUGGCAGAACAAAAAGAAAAAGAAACAUUUGUGAAAGAAGCAGUAGAAAGUAUAAAAGAGAAAGAAGAAGAAACUGAGGCUUUAAGCAAAGUGGAAGAAUCUGUUACAAAGGUGACUGUGCAACAAGAACAGCAGCAACAAAAAGAAGAGAAAGAAUUUCUGACAGAAACAACUGUCCAACAAGAGGAUGUGUCAAAGAAACAAAAAGAAGUUGAAAUUGAAGAGAAAAGAGGGCCAGAGAUAAUCAAAGAGGAAGAAAAACCACAAAAACCUAUUAUAGAAGAAAAACAGAAACAGAUAAAAAUAAUAGAAGAAAUGAAAGUCAAAGCACCUGAAGGAAUAAAAACGACAGACGUCGUUACAGAGAAGACAAACGCAAGAAGGGUAAUAACCGAACAAACCACUAUUAUUUAUAAGGUACAACAGGAUGGCACAUUGUUAGAAGAAAAAGUAACGAAAUCAGUUCAAAUAGAAGGCGAAGGAGGCAGAUUGGUUCAACUUCCUGAAGAGAGGAUAAAAACAAUUUCUGAAGAAUGGCAGGAUGUACAAUCCGCAGAAGUUAAAAAAGAACUAGAAAAGCUACUGGAGAGAAAGGAAAAGAUGGAUAUAGGCGUUAAAAAAGAAACGGAAAAAAUUGAACAGGAAGCAAAGAUUGAAAAAUUAGAAGAAGUACCUUGCGUCUCUGAAUUGAUUACAAAAGAAGACUCACAACUCAAGGAAGAAGAGAAGCCAUUGUCAGAGAUUGAACCAAAACACACAAAGAAGGAAUUCGAGUCUCGUAUUCCAAUUUCAAUGGCAAAGAUGGACAAAGACAAGGUUCAAAAAGAAAAGCAGAAAUCUCCAACGGAGCCGAAAUCUCUGAGCAGAUCACCGAGCGACAAAGAUUCAAACGGCGAGAAAGAAGAUGUCGUUUCUCCGAGUAAAAAGAAAGAAUUCGAGUCUCGAAUUCCGAAACGCAUCACAGACGUAAAGUCGACGUCGGAAAAGGCAGGGAAAAAGGAGGCGCACGUUAAAAAGGAGAGCGAAACGAUCACAAUAACGGAAAAGAAGUCGAGCGAGGAGGUGACGUCAAAAUUGGAGGAGCAUUUGACAACAAAAACCGAAACGCAAACCUUCGCAAAAACUUUCACUGAUCCUCGAGAAGCAUUUAAAAUGUUCGAGGACAAAGACAUUGGAAAGAAUGAAUUCGCGGUAGUCACAUCAAAAGUGGAUCACAAAGUUUCCAGCACGUUGGAAGAAAAGGAAGUGGUGUCCUCGGAGAUCUCCAGCGGCACUGACAGGGUUAUCACUUUGGAGGAAAAGGAACGAGUAGAGAAAAAGAAAUCCUCUGAAUCGCAAUUAAAAAAAGAAUCUCCCACAGAAACGUUGGAAGAGAAAACGAGCAAACGCGAGGAGUUAGAUAAAACGGCGAUUCAAAAGAUGUCGAUGAACGUAACAGACACGAAAGAGAUUAUAGACGCGGCCGCUUCCGAGUCCAGGGUGGAAAUGAAGAACGAGGAAAUAAUUAAGAAAUUAUCGGAUAAAGAAGGAAUUACUACUCGCGAGGUAGGUAGCACGAUAUCGAGAGAAAGCGACGCAGAUGUGGCUAUUAGAAUAAAGAAGGACGUUUCGGGAAAGAUCGACGACAAAGGCGACGCGCAGACAAUAAUGGAAAAAUUGAAACCGGAAACGGAGAAAAGAUCGACUCCCGUGGAUUUGGGCCAGGUAGAGACACUCGUUCAAGGAGAAUCUUAUAAAGAGAGCAAAGAGAGUUUCGAUGUUACUCGAUUCGAACCAAGCGAAAAAGCACGAAAAGACGAAGAUUCGAAAGAAGAUGAGAAGAAAAGUGUGAAGAUAGAAAGUUUAGAGGAGCAACAGCGCCGGAAGUUUAAAGAGAUCGAAGCUCGUACUAUAGCGGAAACUCUGAUCCAAUCAAUCGAAAGCGAGAUAGAAACAAAAUCCGCUGCGGAUUUAAAAGCGGAAUUAUUAAACAAAGGAUAUCUUGAACAGAUAAUGAGCGACGAAAAGCUGGCGGACGAUCUGACGCGUAAAUUCGAGAGUAUAAUGAAGAAAACGGAGAGGGAGGACUCGAGAUCGAUACCGGAAGAGUCUCACUCUAAAGACUCCACCAGAGAGAGUAUAAGCGAGGACAUCACUAGAGACGAAGAGUCGUCUUCAAAUGAAAAAGAAAGUUUACCUUUAUCCUCGUCUCAGGCGAAAUUACAGGACAGAGACAUUACCAUGAGUCCCAGUAGUAUAUCCGAGCAGAUAGACUUCGAGGAGACGAUCGACGUCGACACGAAUGAAUCGGAGGGCGUGUCUAAAGCCACUUCGAGCCUGCAAUUCGAGAAAGAGCGAUCCGAAUUGCCGAGGGAUUCCCGUAGCGAGGCUAGUUUUCCCCACGAUAAAAUUGUGUCUGAAAUUUCAGGCGCUAGGGUGCUGGAAAUCCUGGAGCCGGGUGGCGACGUACGGUCCAGGGAAGACUCGGUGGACGUGCCUUCGCUGGAGAUGGACGAACAGAAAAUCUCCGAACAGACCACCAGCCGGGGUAUACCGUCCCUUAGGGAGAGCGCGGAAAUGGAUUCGUUCGAGAGAUUGGUCCAAGAGCGGGACAUAACCAUAAGUCCCAGCACCGUCUCCGAGGACACUAACGUAGAUUACUCUUUGGUCCAUGAGCUAUCUCUCUCUGCGGCUAUGCAAAAGGACUACGAACCGGUAAGUACGAAGAGGACGGACAGUUUCGAGAUCGAGAGCCCCCCGAUGGUUUCGCCUAAGCCGAAGGUGCGGGGGCUGGAGAUCAAGCCUGUCGAUUGGAUGAUCGGGGACGAGAAGAUAGAAAUAUCCGAGACGCUCGAGCCGUCUCAGAUAUUCGAUCAGGAGCUGGAGGCGUACGAGACGAUGAAGAAGAAGGAGCGUUUGACGUCCCAGGAUGGAUCCACCGACCAUGAGCAGGAAUCGGCUACCAAGUCCUCCGAGGACGUAAGUGUGAUUGAGCCGACAAAGGAGACUGUGUCCGAGGUUCGGGUGGCCAGCAAAAAUGGUAAAUUUACGGUUAUCACCGUCACUGAACAAGACUUUGAUAACGAGUUGGUGGAAAACAAACUGGACGUCAGCUGCCAGGAGUUGGUGGAUACACUGCAGCGCGAGUACGACGCGAAGACGCCGAUCAAAGAGUAUGUGGAGAGUAUGGAGGAGGAGAGGAAGUCUAGCGAAGAGGAGAGGAAGUCUAGCGAAGAGGAGAGAAAGUCUAGCGAAGAAGAGAGGAAGUCUAGCGAAGGAGAGAAGAAGUCUAUCGAAGAAGAGAGAAAAUUUAGCGAAGGAGAGAAGAAGUCUAGCGAAGAGGAGAGGAAAUCUAGCGAGGAAGAGAGAAAGUCUAGCGAAGAGGAGAGGAAGUCUAGCGAAGGAGAGAAGAAGUCUGUCGAAGAAGAGAGAAAGUUUAGCGAAGGAGAAAAGAAGUCUAGCGAAGAGGAGAGGAAGUCUAGCGAAGGAGAGAAGAAGUCUGUCGAAGAAGAGAGAAAGUUUAGCGAAGGAGAGAAGAAGUCUAGCGAAGAGGAGAGGAAAUCUCGCGAAGAAGAGAAGUCUAACGAAGAGGAGAGGAAGUCUAGCGAAGAAGAGAAGAAGUCUAGCGAAAAAGUCACUGUGGAGCCUGAGAGAAGGGAGAGACGUAGUAGUUUAACCGUUCCCAGUGAACUGCAUAUCGAGAAACCUUCAGAACCAAUGAAGGAGGAGGAGAGGAUAGCUAUUGAGGAUAAAAUGAAAGCUAGGGAAAGCGUUGAAACCAAAUUGGAAAAAUCGUCCAAGGACGAGGGAAAAGCUGAAGAAAAGGCAACGGAGCCUGAAAAGACCCAAGAAGAAGAACCUGAAAGAACUAUUCGCGUUGGCGAUGCUUUGAAAGAAUGGACAGAGGCUUACCUGUCGAAGAUGAAGCCUUCUGGUGACGACUAUAAGAGACACAUGGAGAAAAGCAAUGAGAAACACGAGAAACCUGGAAGAUCUAUAGUUCCUUCCGACACUUGUGCCUUUAAAAUAAAGAAAGACGAUCGUAACGUCGAUUUAAGCGCCCGGUACGCUAUAACAGUCCUAGACCAGGUAGUUAAGAAGGAGAUCGACGAGGUGAAGGAAUCUCUGGAGGCGGCUAAGCAGGAUCUGAUAGAGGAGUUGAACGAGAAUAGCGAAACUGUGAUUCAAAUAAAAGACUCACCGUCGGAGUUCCAGUUUAAAUUACAACCGGAAUCGAUUCCAAACGACUUGCCGUUUUUAUACAAAUCACCCUAUCCCGAGCAAACAUUCGAGCCAGAAGCAGAACCAGUAGAUACGCGCUAUUCCCCUGUCGAUAAAACAGUGUCCGACGAUGCCGCGCCUCGGACGAAGGAUGUCGUCGAGAGCAAGGCGGACGUAGAAGAAUCCGGUUCCAGUAGUAUCGAGGAACCGGUACCCGUCGGUAAAGAAGAAACGCUGGUGAAAAUCGAAAAGUCUGAUACUGAGACUGCGAUAACCGUCCAAGAAGAGCCGAAAGACGAGGAGGAGGAGUAUCGUAGUCCCGUGCCCGCUAGUAGAUCGGGUUCGGACGUAGACAAUAAAGACGAGAGUUCUUCUUUGGCCCUGCCGCGGCCGGUGCUCAGAAGGCGACAGAAGCCCGGCAGAUCUUCGAAACGAGUAGUCACCUCGGAGAGCGAGGCGGAUCUUGGCUCCAGCUCCGGGGAAAGUAGCAACUAUCAAUCGUGUGACUACGAGAUCGGUAGCGGCAGUCGGCCCAGUUCCUCCGACGUGGAGGCUUUCCAAUCCUGCGGUGUUCCUUCGGCGACCGCCUCCGAGUACGAAACGGCGGCGAUGUCGAUAGAACAUUCCUCGGCUUCGAGGCCGACAUCUCAGGAGUAUCACACAGCCGCCACGACCAUGAGCUCGCGUGAGUCCAUGAAGUCCUUGGCCUCCUUUAGUUCCGGUCAUUUGGGCAGCAUCGACAGCACUAGCGAGCUGUCGGAGACUCUGGUGCCCUCCGAGGCGGACGUGGAGAAGGAGGAAGUGGAGGAGAAUCUUAAGGGCGAGGUGGACGAAGAGCACACGGAUAGGUCCGACUCCUCGGGUAGCGACAUACCGAUGGACGAACCUAUGGAUAAGCUCGAGGGCAAUGUACCUUGUCGCAUGAAACGAUCCUCCGAGAUGAUCUUCCCGCAGAUGAUGGAGGACGCCGAGAUGGAGGCAGAGGAGGAGGACGCUAAGGGGGUAGAUUUUGCUACAUCCACUGCUACCUCGACACCUGGUGCCCUUCAGUCCGUGGACAUAAUGACGUCUAGAGUGUCCGAGGAUGGAGUACAAAGCGUGUGUACUCAAGUGAUCUCGGUCCAGGCCCCUACGGAAGAGACAGCUUCAUCUCUGACGAAGGUUGCCACUGAAAUUUCCGAGAUGGAGAUAACCGAGAAAGACAGUGAAGCACAAGCUGAAUCCGAGUUUUUUAAUCAAAAAUCCAUCGCUGAAGGUGUAACAAGCGAGAGUCCUGAAAUGUCCGUGCAGACAGCCACCCCGUCGUCCAUGAUACAGCAGGCAAGCAUGUCCACUUCUUCGACCUCGGGUGCGUCCAUCGAGACUGUAAUAGGGAAAGAGAAAUCGGACCGCCAUUCACCGGACAGCGAUUCCUUCGAGAUGAUCGACAAACCCGACAUCAUCGACGACUUCGUGGUGGUUGAGGAGGUCGGUCGAGAGGCCGAGGAGUACGACUCCGAGGGUAAGAGCAUAUGCAUCAGCGCUAUGCCGCAAACAAGUAGUAAACAUUACGACCGGGACCUCGAGAACCUUAUAUCCAAGGAAAAAGAAGAUCCCCAAGCAUCGGUGGUUAAAGUAUCGAAGAACAAUGAGCUCUUCGACUUCGAAUCCGAGGAGAGCCCGCCUCAAGUCUCCAAUGAUGAUCAGUAUUCCCAGUCUUACUCGGAUGAAGAGCAAUACGAGGGUGGUAAAAAGUGGAUAGAGAUGCAGUUCCACGCGGACACCCGGGUGUACGACAUCGAAUACGACAGAGGUCCCCUGGAGGACAUCAAGGAAGAAGAGAUCACCGACUUCGAGGCUGGUAGCAGUAGGUUCGGCAGUUUGGGUAGCCACAAGGAAUCCAUAGGAAGUGUGGGCAGCAUGCGGGGCAGCUUGGGAAGCACUCCGGACUACGACGUCCUGGCCGGCAAAAAGUACUUCACUAGGCCGACCGACCACGACAACGUGUCCUUAAGUUCGUUGCAGGAGUUCGAGCACCUGGAGAGCACGGUGGCAGCUGAGAAUGCGAAAAAGUUCCAGUGCGGUUCCCAUGAUUCCGUGAACAACGGCAGUCUUCCUAGGAGAUACACAGCUAGCAAAUCCGGCCACGGUGACGAUAUUUCCUUGUCUUCGCUGAAGGAUUUCGAAGGGCUGGAGAAAGCUUGUAGAGAAGCUCAUCUGAUCGAAAUGCGUGCCAGGGAAGAGGAGGACCUAUUGGAGCACGAGAGUCCCGAGAACAAAUACAAGCUGGAGAGUCUGGUGCGGACGAGGGUGGACACCAGCGCGGCGGGUUCGUUCAACGCGAGCGCUUCGGGGUCGGACGAUUACGAGAAGAGGAUUAAAGAGAUCGACGAGAUUAUACGCAUAGCUCAAUCGAACGUGGAGAAAUUCGAUCGCCAGGACGACACCACGGAUGACAUUUCGCAGAUUGAAAUUAUGGACGUGGAGAAGACGGAGACUCAAGCAGCCGCGCAGGUUGCUCCGAAACAGGAGACACCUGAAGCUGUGCCGCUUCAGAAGGACACCAACAUUAUGGAGACGAGUACUGAUUCUCUGGAAUUGGAGGAUAACACGGAUAAGAAACAUCAUCCGCUUUGUCGAAGCUCGGAUUCUUUAGAGAUGAAAACUACUCUGGAUUAUCCUUCAUUAAGUUCUGAUUCCUUGAAUAAUGUACGCGAUGCGAAGGAGACCCAAUCGGACAUGGUUGGUCAGCCUAGCAUCGUUAGACGUAUUUCCUCGGACUCGUUGGACAUGCCUUUGCUCGAUCAACCAGAGGCUGAAGCUCGUGGAAGAAGUAACGAAGACGAUCGUCCGGACGAUGUCGUGUCGGACAAUUCUUUGGAGCAAAGGUCCGAGAGAACGGAAACCGACGCCACAAGCGACAAGAAGAGGACAGCGUCCAGCACCGAUACGUAGGAAUACUUUCGUAGAUAGAAAACUACCAAGGUGAAUUUGUUACGACAUUGGUUUCUAAAGCCACAACGAAGUAUCGUCGGCACCGGGUAAGGCGGAUGCUUUACGCGUGUACAACAAAACGUAAUUAAAAAGAAAAAGCAAACCAAAUGAUAGGUACCAAAGAAGUAGGUACUUGAGCGUUGUGCAUGUACAAGGUAUUCACGCGUUUAUCUUUAUUUCUUUCUCCAAUAAUAUUUAUUUUUUGUUACGCUUUAGUGAAACAGUUAUGGUUUACGAAAUAUACCAUUGUUACCGAAAUAACGCAUUAGAUAGUAACGUGAAUUACGCUUAAUUAUUUCGCAUUAAUCGUAAGUUUAUCAUAUUAAAUAUUUGCCGUUGCUCUGAAUUUUUAUUUAAUCAAGUAAUCGCGAAUAUCUUGCUUGAAUGUUCAUGGUUGUUCAAGACAAUUAAUUUAUCAUUGUAAAAUUGUACUUCAAAUGUUUAUACGUCCUACAUAUAUUAUAUAAUACUAUUGUAUAAUGUCAUGUUUUGUAAAUUUUUCGAUUGUAAAGUGUCUUUUUGACUACGUCUUUUUUUUAACGUGUUGAUCAUUCCGAACACUUUACAUUACGCAGAUAAUUUUGAGGAACAUUUACGAGUUCUGAUACUUGUUAAUCUUAAUUGCGAGUGUUCACGAAAGAACAAAUAUCUAUUAACUAAAUAGGAAAUUUUAUAUACAAAACUGUAAUGUUUAAAAUAUUAGGAAGAAAGUAACGGAAAGAAUACAUUCUCUACGUAUAUUAUAUAAACGCAUAUGCGCAAAUGUUGUAGACAUUUUGUAUGCGAAAACUUUAAUCGACAUAAGUGGUUGCUUUCAUCAUUUUUGCUAACGAUCAAUUACAUGUAUUCGAUCCAUUGUACAAGUUCUGUGUUAUAUCAAGAAUUUAACGAUGUCUUUUCGUUUAUCUUGAAAAUCUGUUUUCUUUUCAUCGAUGAAAAUAUAAACCUUUACGAACGAAA